GUUAUUGUUGACAUUGUUGUUCCGGUGACUUGUUUUGCCUUGACUUUGGAGUGUAAAUAAUGAAAUUCUCAUUAUUCUGUGUAUAUUUCUGCUCUACGUAAACGUUAACAAUGUCACCGGUAUACUUACAAUGAUGAGGAUUUUGCAGUUAUUUAAGAUUUUUGUUUAUCAAACAUAAGGAUGCCGCUAUGCGAAGUCACGGAACUACGUAGUGAAUAACAAGUCGUCAAUGUCCUUUUAGGUGAAAAAAAUUAUAGGGCACAAUGUCAUAUGCAAAUUGGAAAAUACCACCAAUUCCCAAACUGAAGGUAAUAUGGCCAUCUAGAAUAACAACAUUAAGUGUAACCCUGGGGAUGGCCAUAAUGGGGAUGUUGACAUUUUACUUCCGUUAUCAAAGAAAGAUGAAGAAGAAAGAAUUAAAAGCACGUUCAGAACAAUCAUCCAGAAGAAACAACUUACAAUUGCCAAAUGGAGAUAUUCAUGGACAACCUGUUGGUAGAUACACAGAGAGUCCAUCAUCUCUUUUGAAUUCCUUGAAACAGAAGUCUAUAUCAGGGUCUGUUUCAAGUUUUGGUGGGGUCUCCUCAGCCUCUACAAUUACUCAUCAACUUGUGGACACAAGUCACAUGUCGCCUACCCAGCUGUGCAAGCUAGGCUAUGAAACUCUACAACAAGCUGUGGUAUACUGGGAAGAUGGUUUAAUGAAGUUGUCUUUUAAUGAGGAUAGAUCAAAACCAGCAAUACUGGACCCCGAGACGGCAGAACUGCAGCACCAGAUGGACCAAUUUCUAGAUGCAGCAUACAGAAUGAUUGACACUUAUGAAAGACAGGCAGAGAGACAGGCUGACUAUAUAGCCCUGGAAUCUGCCAUGGCUGCCUUCACUGAGACUGAUCUUCAGUCCGAGAGAACUCGGAGCUUUGACGCUGGCUCCCUGAGUGACCAGGAUUCCUUUGUCUCCGCUACUGAUAUGGCUAACUUAUCAGAUUUAGAUACCCAUAGAGAAAUGUUUCAGCAUCUUCCUCUGUAUGAAGCAGGCCUCUUAGAAUUAAAACAUGGCCAUGUACCUUGCAGAACACUAAGGACUGAGAUGACUCAAUGUAUUUCUGAUACAGAAUUCUUGGCAAAAUUGCAUUGUAUACGGCUAGCUUUUAAUAUAAUAUUUCAACAACCAAGUCAAAGAGACUACUUUAAAACCAUGGGUAAACAGCUGAUUGGUGAUCUAAUGAUCAGAGCUGAUAGGGAUCCAGAGGAAUUCUACACAACAUACAAUGCAAUGCUGGAUUUUGUUGAAAUUGAAGACAGCUGGCAUAAAAUUGAAGAGGAACUUAAGGGUCGUGGAGUAAAAUGUAUGACAUUUUAUGAUAUCGUGCUGGACUUUAUAUUAAUGGACGCUUUUGAUGAUUUGGAAAACCCACCCUCCUCAGUCAUAGCAGUCAUCCAAAACAGAUGGCUAUCUAAUAGCUUUAAAGAAACUGCUCUUUCCACAGCUGUUUGGUCUGUUCUAAAGGCCAAGAGACGCAUGUUGAAGUUUUCAGAUGGCUUUAUCGCCAAGUUCUAUGCUAUUUCUGAGCACACAAGUCCAGUAUUAGCCUGGGGAUUCAUGGGACCAGAAUCACAGCUUAAACAAUUGUGUCUGCUCUUCAAGGAAUCGGUGUUGAAAUUUCUCAGAGACAUGUUUAGUUUUGAGUAUGUACGAUACACAACCGUCGAAGAAUUAGCAGACGAUGUUGCUAAAUUGUUACGCAACAGAAUCGAGGAAGCGGCAGAAAAAAUAUCUCCGGAAAAAUUAGAGAUUUAAAUCAAAGUAGAUAGGACCACUAGGGCGUUAAUUAUAUUUUUAUCAGUUUUAAUUUAUAUGUUUAUAGUGACCACACUUAAUUGGGUUUUUUUUUUAAUUUUCCAAUCAUGGAAGAUGAACAUACUGUGUGUCUUGACUUGAGCAUUACAUGUAGGUGUGAUUGUACAUUAAAUUCUGAUUUGUGUAAUUUUAUACCAUUAUUUCAUUUUAACUUGCUUAUUGAUAUAUUUUAACAUGGCAACAAUGCUCACGUUUCGUUACGUUUCUUUAAUAAAAUCAAAGAUUUUAGCUAUAA